ACCUCCUCCACCACCUCCAUCCACCUCCUCCACCGGACUCCCUGGCUCGUCGGAGCCGAGAAAGCCUGUGGUGUCUCUUCCGUAGCUAUUUUGGCUCAAGGCACUCUGGCGCAAUUGACGACCCAAUCCAGCCGCAGCCACAGCCAUGGCGGCUUUCGCGGUGGCCGGGGCCGCUCAGCCCUUCGCCGCGGGCAGCGCCCCCGCGGCGCAGCAGGCGCCAGCCCUCCGCGCGGCCUCGCUGCGCGGGUCGCCCACGCCGACUGCCGAGGCGUCGCCCUGGCUGCUCGCCACCGCGGCGGCGGGCGCCGCGGCCGUGGGCGCCGCUGCGGCCGCCGCGCCGCGCCGCCGCGCGCGCGCCGCGCCGCUGGCCGGAGCCUCGCGGGCGCGCGUGACGCCCGUGGCGUCGCAGCUACAGGAGCGCACCUUGCGGGGCGCGCGCGUGGUGGUCUGCGCCGGCGCGAAGCUCCCCGAGGGCCGCAAGCUGCGCGUGGCCGUCAUCGGCGGCGGCCCGGGCGGCGCCUCGUGCGCGGUAAAGCUCGCCGAGGGCGGCGUGGAGACGUACCUCAUCGAGCGCAAGCUGGACAACUGCAAGCCUUGCGGGGGCGCGAUCCCGCUCUGCAUGGUGGAGGAGUUCAACCUGCCGCCCCAGCUCGUCGACAGGCGCGUGCGCAAGAUGACCAUGAUCUCGCCCUCGAACAGGGAGGUGCAGAUUGGCCAGACGCUCAAAGACGACGAGUACAUCGGCAUGGUGCGCCGCGAGGUGCUCGACAAGCACCUGCGCGACACCGCGGCCGAGAAGGGCGCCACGGUGAUCAACGGCCUCUUCAUGGGCAUGGACAUGCCGCAGCGCGAAGGCGAACCGUACGUGCUGAGCUACAACGACCUCGGCGACCAGACGGGGGCCGCGCGCAAGGGCGUCAAGAAGACGCUGGAGGUCGACGUUGUGAUCGGCGCGGACGGCGCUAAUAGCCGGGUGGCCAAGGAGAUCGAGGCAGGCGAUUACGAGUACGCCAUCGCCUUCCAGGAGCGCAUGACCAUCGACGAGAAGAAGAUGGACUACUACAAGGAGAGGGCCGAAAUGUACGUCGGCGAGGACGUGUCCCCGGACUUCUACGCGUGGGUCUUCCCCAAGUACGACCACGUCGCCGUGGGCACCGGCACCGUCAUCGACAAGAAGGGCAUCCAGAGGUACCAGCAGGGGAUCCGCGACCGCGCUGCUCCCCGCAUCGAGGGGGGCGAGAUCAUUCGCGUGGAGGCCCAUCCCAUCCCGGAGCACCCCCGCCCGUGGCGGACGAAGGGCCGUUGCACCUUGAUCGGCGACGCGGCAGGCUACGUGACCAAGUGUUCAGGCGAGGGCAUCUACUUCGCGGGCAAGAUAGGGGAGGUCGUCAGGGCCUCCGAGAACGGCACCCGCAUGAUUGACGAGAACGAUCUGAAAGUUUACAUCCGCAAGUUCGAUGAGCAGUAUGGCCCCACCUACAUCGUGUUGGACGCGUUGCAGAAGGUGUUCUACACCUCCGACGCAGCUCGCGAGAGUUUCGUUGAGCUGUGCGAGGAGGAGUACGUGCAGAAGGUCACCUUCGACUCGUACUUGUACAAGACUGUCCAGGGCAACAACCCGGUGGGCGACCUCAAGCUAGGCUGGAAGACGCUCACCAGCCUGUGGAACUACAACAAGAACCCCCCGCCCCCCAUGAGGAAGCUCGAGGUGGCGCUCUCGCGUGUGGCGUAG